GUGAUAUUUAUCAUUAAGGAAGAGUCCGCAUCCUUCUUUAAAGAUAGCUGGAUCUCUUGAAAAAAACCAGCGACCAUACGGUGCAAUAAACAUAGUUGAUGCAAAUUUAGUAGCCAAUAUGAUUCAUCCGUCAUGGUUUCGUUCAUGGUUAGGUAAGCUAUGUCAACCUAAAAUAGAGUGGCAAUUUCAAUGAAUUCCCUCCUCGUCUUACUGGUUUGAACAUAUAUUGUUGAUUUGUUGAAUCAAAAAAUUGCGCUUCAUUAUUAUUGUUAUCGUGGGGACUCAUUCUUUCGAAUUCAUUGUAUUAUGCUCAACUCCCAUGAUUUUUUUUAUUUUUUUUUCUCAUAGUUUCUGCUUUUCUAUCUUUAAUAGCCUGUCAUUCUUCCUGUUCAAUUUCAGUACUAUCAUACUCCCUUUUCCUUACCCCUCAUAAAAAAGUCAUCUGAUGACGGGAUUCAGGUUUACAGAACUGUCAGCAGAAGAUCGAGAGAUGCUUAUCAAUACUCACAAUUCUAUGGACGAUUGGAAAUAUGAAAUGAGAAGAGAGAUUCAAGAAAUUGUGCCUGGCGUUUUCUUAGGACCGUUUGCAGCAUGUCGAAAUGUUGAGAACUUAAAGGCAAAAGGCAUUACAAAUAUCUUGUGUAUAGUUGAUCCCAGCGAAGCAAGGCUAUUGCGUAUAGAACACCUAUCACAAGCGUUCCUCUAUAAGCAAUUCAUCGUCAACGAUUCCAACUUGCAAAAUCUGAUCCAGAUCUUCCCUACUACUUCUCAGCAUAUACGGGAUGUACUUCAACAAGGUGGUAAAAUAGUGGUUUGCUGUAAUGGAGGCAUGUCUCGUAGUCCUACCUUUGUUAUAGCCUAUAUUAUGGAGAUUUUUGAUACAGACGCCUCAACAGCUUAUCAUUUUGUGCAAGCAAAGCGUCUUUGCAUCAAUCCUAAUGAUGGCUUUAAAAGUCAGCUUAAAGAGUAUGAACCUAUUUACAAAGCACGUAAAGUCAACUCAGCAAUGGACGUACCUGAAGCUGGCAACCAACAAAGAAGACGCCGUAGAUCUGGGACGGAUGACGAUGAAUAUAUGGUCGAUAAAGACCAACAACUCCGAGUGGAAACAAAGAGAUUUCUUGGCGAUGAAGCACAACAGCAAAAUGGAGCCAAUGCUAAUGUAAAUGCUGGGUAUUCAUCCAUGCUAUUAUAGUUGUUGUGUACAAAGCAGUGUACUUAUCUCUUCUAUUCACGAUCCAAAUUCUUGUGUAUCAUAUUCCCUUGCUUCUUCAAUCAUAGUACAGCAUAUCUAUUCUUUAUAUUUAAUUACAAUCAUGCAUAAUAAAUUCCAAAAGCGCCUUGAAAAGUUUGCAUCA